AUGUUGUCUUAUAUGGCAGUUCAAAGCAUGAGUCAGUCAGUGGAAGCAGACAUAUCUCACAGCAGUCGACAAGUGGACCUAUCUCACAGCAGUCAACAGGUGGAUGUUAAACCUGUUGCCAGGAUAACCCUGAAGAGACAGUUAGUGUGUUUGCUCGCCAGAAGAGGAAGUUCCAGUCCUAAGCAUCAGAAUAAUCACUGGGAAGACUCAGGUGAUGAAAUGGCUGAAAGCUCUAAAGGGCAGAGACUGAAGCAAAAAUCAAGGAACCUAUUUGAUGAUGCUGACGAUGAUACUGAUGCUAGUGUAACUAAGCGGAGGAAAACAGAACAGAGUGAGAAGAAUCAACACAACAGAGAAUUUGAUUCAGAGGCUUUUGAUUUGACCUCCAAAUUCAGGGAUAAUAACCGUUCUGAUGUGGGUGAUGGUGAUCUUUUUGAUGUGGGUGAUGGUAAUCUUUCUGACUGGGAUGAAAGUGAAGCUGCGUCUGCUGACCGAAGCAAAGACAGUUCAAGGAAAGCAGCGUCUGCUGACUUCACUUGCAGCAAAGAUGUUUCACGAGAGGCUGAACAAGAAAACACUCAUAACUUAGACAGUAAUGGUGGUUCAAGUAAAAAUUUGCUAAGAGACAGCGAAGGGAGACCACUUACAAAUUUGUGUCAGAUUGAGGUAGUUGACCUUAUUGCAAAGCGUGACCCAUCCAGGAUGAAAUCUGCACAGUCACGGCCCAGUGGUAAAGGACAACCGAAUUUUAAGAGAUUCAAAAAGACACAGAAUGCAGGAUCUGGCAGACUACCAACCAUUAUUGGAGGGAGCGAUCUGGAAGUGCAUCUCGGCAGCAAGCAUCAGAACAUUGAGGAUUUGUUCUCUGCAAGCUUAGCCCAAGAAAAUGAGAGGCAGGAGAAAGAUCUUAGAGAUGCCGAUUUGUUCAACUGGGAUGAGAGAACAAGGAAAACCAGCAACAAAAGAAUCAGAUGA